CCGAGCGUCCUAAGACUCACUGUGAGCACCACAGAGACGGUGUGCAGACCACCAGUCCAGAGGGAUAUCCUAUAGCUGGAGCUUAUGUUCCUCAGUGUGACGCUAACGGACAGUACACAUCAUCACAGUGUCAUGGUUCCUCCGGACAUUGCUGGUGUGUGGAUGAAAGGGGACAGGAGAGAACAGGAACCAGGACUCCUCCUGGUGCACCACGUAAAGACUGUGACAGACCAGAUGAACCAGAGCGUCCUAAAACCUACUGUGAGCAGCACAAAGACAGUGUUCAAACACACAGCCCAGAGGGAUACCCUCUUCUGGGAGUGUAUGUACCUCAGUGUGACUCCACCGGACAGUACACAUCUCAGCAGUGUCACGAUUCGACUGGAUAUUGUUGGUGUGUGGACAGUAGGGGACAGGAGAAGGAUGGAAGCAGGACUUCACCUGAUACACAACGUGUGGACUGUGACAGACCAGAUGAGCCAGAGCGCCCUAAGACUCACUGUCAGCACCACAGAGACGGUGUGCAGACAACCAGUGCAGAGGGAUAUCCUGUUGUUGGAGCUUAUGUUCCUCAGUGUGACGAUAAUGGACAGUACAUAUCACAGCAGUGUCAUGGCUCUACUGGACAUUGCUGGUGUGUGGAUAAUAGGGGACAGGAGAGAGCAGGAACCAGGACUUCAGCUGGUGCACCACCUAAAGACUGUGACAGACCCGAUGAGCCAGAGCGUCCUAAGACUCAGUGUGAGCACCAGAGAGAGAGAGCUCAGACUACCAUUCAAGAGGGAUAUCCUGUAGUAGGAGCCCAUGUGCCUCAAUGUGACGCUAACGGACAGUACCUACGACUCCAGUGCCACACUUCCACUGGACAUUGUUGGUGUGUGGACAGUACGGGGCAGGAGAGAGAAGGAACCAGAACUCCAGCUGGUACACAGCCUAGAGACU